AUGGAAAAUGGUGCAAAUUUUACAUCCAUCAGACUGACCGGAUAUCUUAAUUUGGAACUGAAGAUGAAGUACUUCUUGUUUGCUGUGAUAACUGUGCUGUAUUCUACAAUCCUAUUUGCCAAUAGCUUUCUUAUUGGUGUCAUUUGUUCAGCAAAACCCCUUCAUAAACCAAUGUAUGUGUUUCUUUGUAGUCUGUUUGUUAAUGAAUUGUAUGGCAGCACAGCUUUAUUUCCUUCCCUUCAAGUUCAUCUGAUUUUGAAUAACAAUGAGAUUUCUUUUAUUUAUUGUUACUUGCAGAUAUUUUGCUUGUAUACAUAUGCGAUGAUUGAAUUUUGUAAUUUAGCGGUUAUGUCUUUUGAUAGAUAUGUUUCAAUCUGUUAUCCAUUACAUUAUAACAGAAUCAUGACCCCUUUUAGAGUUGGUGUGUUAAUUGUGUUGGUGUGGUCAUAUUGUUUUGUUCAAUUUUUAAUUCUUUUCUCUUUUAAUUUUAAGCUGCAACUCUGUGGAAACAGUAUGGAAAAAGUAUGGUGUGACAAUUAUUUACUUGUGAAACUUGCUUGUUCAAAAACCUCUUUGAAUAAUACUUAUGGCAUUUAUGUUAAUGUGAUGACAGCACUGAUUCCACUGAUGCUAAUUAUUUAUUCAUAUACAAGAAUUCUAAAAAUAUGUAUGAGUUCUACUAAAGAAGCUAAGCAGAAGGCUCUAAGUACCUGUGCACCACACAUAAUAUCUCUUUUAAACUUUUCUUUGGGCUGCUUCUUUGAAACAGUGCAAAGCAGGUUUGAUAAUAUCAGAAUGCCAGCUUUGUUACGUAUAAUCAUUUCAGUCUAUUUCUUGAUGUGUCAGCCAGUGCUUAACCCUAUUAUGUAUGGAAUAAGACUUAAAAAUAUCAGAAAAGUAUGUAAAAACUUGAUUGUAUCAAAAGUGGGUAUUACAUGA